AUGGCUUUUGAGUUCUUCACGAUCUUGCUCUCAAAUUCGUUGAAGAAACUGAGGCUGCCAGGCAAGUUCGCCAGGGUGUUCGACGGCCAUGAGCCCUUUGAAGUGAAGUUGCGGGAGGCCGGGCGCCGGCAUCACUUGUGGGACGUGGAAGUUGUGUUCGACGCCGAGGGCCACAUUUACCUGGGGCGCGGCUGGGAGCAGUUCGCCGGCGCUCAUGAUCUGCGGCUCGGGCACUUCCUGGUCUUAAGCUAUGGCGGCUGCCACGCCCACGCCAUGCUCACCGUGAAGGUGUUUGACGGGAGCAUGUGCCGCAGGGACUACCAGAACGACAAUGAUGCUAGCAGUGGGAGCAGCGGCGACAGUGGCAACACGUUGUUUCUCACCAUGUACAUGGUUCGACUUCUGGGACAGCAGGGAGCGGAGGGGGAAGGGGAAGUGCCACCGCAGACAGAGGCAGAGGAAGGCGACGGGGAGCAGGGCGUAUCCAAGAUGAGUAAUCCAUGUGAUUCAGAUGGAAGCCAGAAAGGAAGAUCUUAUUCUUCUGAGAAAUUGUCAGGUUAA